UCACCGUAAUGAAAUGAAUCAUCUAGAUAAUGUUGAAUUGUAAUAAUAUUGUUGGAUUAACUUUUGGAAAAGGAGUUUAACCUGUAAAAUGUAUUGGUAAACAAAAUAAACUUGUUGGAAAACAAGUUAAGUCUGUAAAAUUUGUUGGAAAAUGUGUCGAACCUAUUAUACUUGUUGGAAAAUGAGUUAAACCUAUAAAAAUUGUUGGAAAAGGAGUUAAACCUAUAAAAAAUCUGUUGGAAAAGGAGUUAAACCUGUUUAACUUGUGGGAAAAGGAGUUAAACCUGUAAAAUUUGUUGGAAAAAGAGUUAAACCUGUAAAAAUUGUUUUAAAAAGGAGUUAAACCAACAAAACUUGUUUGAAAAGGAGUUAAACCUAUAACAAAAUGUUGAGAAAGGAGUUAAACCUAUAAAAUUUGUUGGAAAACGAGUUAAACCUAUAAUAAUUGUUGGAAAAGGAGUUAAACCUAUAAAAGGAGUUAAACCUAUACAUAAUUGUUAGAAAAGGAGUUAAACCUGUUUAAAUUGAAGAAAAAGAAAAUAGAAAUUUUUGUUCCAGAGAUUAAGCAAAUGAUUUGUAAAGGUCUAUUUUUAGAAAUGAAUAAAUUCAGUGUGGGUAUUUACCAUUGCUUUCGUCUUUUGAUUUCUUCAUGUUUAUUUAAGAGUUAAAUGUCAGAGAUGAAAGAUUUUGUAUUUUAAAUUGAGUAAAAUACAAUUGACAAGGAAGUGUAGGCCAAUCUAGAGGUUGAUCGCUAUUUAUUUGGCAUUUACAAACAGCUUUUUAAUAGGAUAGUUGCGUUGUGUGUAUGAUUAUUUGGUUGAAUUAGAUAUAAUGGAACUGGAUUUAAAAUUGGAUAUUUUUUCCUUUUAAGAAUUGCAAAAUGAGACUGACACUAAUUAGCUGAGAUAUAGAAAACAAUUAAAUUUUGAAUAUUGACAGCUAAAUUAUAUUAAAUAGUGACAUAGAAAUAAGAUGUAUUUAAAUGUACCGGCAAUCCUAGAUUACGGUGACAUUAAACAAAAAACAGUGAUAAUACUCUUAAAAUAACUCCUUUGUUUUAUUUGAAUAUUAUAUCAGUGGUGUUUAAAGACUUUGACUGUAUAUACAAAACAGUUACAAUUAACAGACAUGCCUUUAAGAAUAGGUAAAAAGAAGAAGAGACAGUCUUUCUGCUCAGAUCGUUUAAUUAAAGAUCAUUCUAUAACACAUUGUCCUUGCGAUUUGUAUUGUCCCGAGCCAUCGGUGAAACUUGAUGAGUUCGGGGCAAUAAAGGAGGUGUGUGUGUCCGGGGAGACACUUCAAUGGAGUAAACAUUGUAUUUUACACAUAUGUGAGGUGACGGGACUGUCUCCCAGCUCUCAGUUCAUGUUCGAUGAUACAGGCCAGGAUUGUGAGAUAUGUCUUAGUGCAGUUUUGAGCCCAAAGAAAGGCGACUUUAGUUACCAAAUCCGUGAUAAAUUUUGGCACGAAUUCAGUCACAAAAGUGGUGAUAUCUGGCGACAUUUUUUCUUCAAGUUUGACGAGGAGGAGGAGGAGAAGUACUGGGAGUUGGAGGAUAAAAUAAAAAACAUCCUUCUGCUUGUGAAUAGUGUUGAAGGCUCUAAGAUAAAGAAAACCUACAUUCUCCUUGCUGUACAGACCAAUUUAGAGAAGAGAAAAAGUACAUUAAGUCAUAACAGAAACAGCAGAUUGUCCUUGUAUAACCUCAAUUUAAUUGGAGAGGGUACAAUCACACCUACACACUCUGAACAGUCAUUAAGUAGUGAUGAAAACUCUCCAGUAAAGGAGGACAGAAAAAGUCCAGAACACUUUUCAUUAACAGAUCCAUUUGACCUUGCUGACUGGUCACCACAUGGUCAUGAAAAAGAAGAAAAUAAAGAGAACAAGUCUGUGAAUGAUUCAAUACAUGACUCAGCAGUUUCAAAAAGUAUAAAUUAUUUGUGUGACAGUCUGCACAUUCAUCCAAACGAACUACCACAAAGGUUAGAAUCUAUUCUGAGAUCUGCUCAGGUUAAUUCAGAAGAGAAAAAGAGAAAGCAAUCGAGGCACUCGGACAUUAUAACUGAUUGUUGUAUUUCAGAAGAUAAUAAAAAUAGUCCGUUUGUACGUGGAGACAAUAUACCUGAUGGGAAAUUAGUAAUAAAUACGUUUCAAAAGAAUGAAUCUGCUGAAAGACUUGCCUCAGAAUUCUUACAAACAGAAGAAUUAUAUAUUCCAAUGGGAUUUGUAGCUGGAGAUAAUAAGAAAGCAUAUCAGAAAGAAGAGGAGAAUAGGACAGGUAUGGCGCAACAUGGUCAAGCCAAUCCUAGAUUACACAGAGCGCAGGAAGUUGCUCAGUUAUUGCAGACUGCUAUUAAUAAUACGGAUCUGGCUCGUGCCGAGGAUUAUGCGAGACAGCUUGCAGGUGAUGAGAAUGUGACUGUAACAAUUGAUGUUAAACUGAGGACACAUAUUCCAAAUGAGAGAGAUAAAGAUUUUGAUUUAAAGGUGAACAUUGAGGACAAGGAAUCAUCUGGAGGCACUAUUACGCUAAAAGUUAAAGCUUCUGAUACAAUAAGAGAUCUCAAAAAUAUGAUGUUACGAAAACACAUGUUUCCACUGGAGGUUCAGUACUGGAUCAUUGGUAAACGAAUACCACAGGAUAACGAGACACUGGAUAAGUGUAAGAUAAAGACUCACGGUUUUACGGCAUUUCUUUAUCUUAUCUCAGCCAAGGCUGCUGGGAUCAACAAGGAGGACUUUAUGAGACAAAAUGUGCCUCACAAAGCAGAUUUAGCUAUGUCGCAUACACCGAAAACACCGGCGCCAAAUCCUGAAAUGAUUCCAACACAUGGCAGAUUAGGAUCAUCAGCGACACCACAGUCCGGUGCUACCAGUUCAGCAUCUACUGGUAAACCAAGAAUGGAGCCACAAACUUUAGAUCCUAAUAUAAAUAUAUCAGGGAGAAAUGAAAAGCGUACUCCAGAGAAACUUCCUGUAGCGCAGGGAUCGAGAGUGAAGUACGAACAUAACGCCGUUCAGCAGAGUGCCGAGGAAAUUGUACACGGUCUUGCUGCGAUCGAACCUCAGUUAGGAGCCUACAUGGAGCAUAUAAAUGAUACGCCAUAUGGGGAGUCAAGACAACGGGUACCUGUCAUGCAUCCUGAAGAAAAUGAGGAGCCUCAGCAAGGAUGGGCGUGUCCAGCAUGUACAUACAUCAACCAACCAACACGUCCUGGAUGCGAGGUUUGUGCCAGUGACAGACCUGCUGAUUAUGAAAUACCAUCAGAUUACCAAUUAACUGAGGAAGAAAGAAAUCGUAUGGAGCUAGAUGCACUCAUUGAAAGAAAAACAAGAGAGGCAGCAGAGAAGGAGAGAAUAUUAAGGGAACGUGAGCAGUUGAAAAAUUUUGCGUACCUCCGGGAAGUGGAUGAGCAAGAUCUUAUCCCAAAUAGAGAGGCAUUUACCUGCUCUAUCUGCUUUGAUGAUUAUGAUGCAGGAGAGGGUGUGGUCCUGAGGGAAUGUUUACAUUCAUUCUGCAAGGACUGUCUGAAGGAUGCAAUACUGUAUAAUGAGGAACCAGAAUUAAAAUGUCCAUUUGUUGAUGCGGACUAUAUGUGUUGUGCUACAUUACAGGAACGUGAGAUCAAAGCUCUUGUUGGCCAGGCUGGUUUUGCGAAGUAUUUAGCACGUGGAUUAGCAACAGCUGAGAGUCAGGCCCAGAAUAGUUUCCACUGUAAAACUGCUGAUUGCCCUGGAUGGUGUAUAUAUGAGGACCAUGUCAAUUUUUUCGUUUGUCAAGUAUGUGGCAAAGAAAACUGUCUGACUUGCAAAGUUAUUCAUCAAGGGAUGAAUUGUAAACAAUAUCAAGAAGAUUUGAAGGCAAGAGCUGUGAAUGACAAGGCAGCCAGUCAGACACAAAUUAUGAUAAAACGUAUGCUUGAUGAUGGAGAUGCUAUGAACUGUCCCCAAUGUCGGGUAAUUAUCAUGAAGAAGGAAGGGUGUGACUGGAUUCAAUGUUCUAUCUGUAAGACAGAGAUUUGCUGGGUGACUAAAGGGCCAAGAUGGGGACCUGGGGGAAAUGGAGAUACAAGUGGUGGAUGCAGAUGUCGUGUUAAUGGAGAAGUGUGUCAUCCUGACUGUAACAAUUGCCACUAGUGUCAUCUUUUAGAAUGUGUGUAACACAUUUGUGUGACCGUGACUGAAGUGUCAUAUUCCAUGUAUGUGAUAUAUUGGUGUCAACCUGACUGAAGUUUCAUAUCCCAUGUAUGUGGCACAUUGUGUCUCCCUGACUGUUAAAACUGCCAAUUCUUUCACAAAUUGUGUUACUCUUUUAUACCAAUAUAUAACACUAUUAUAAAAAGAUAGUUUUACAAGUGUGUGAUUUUUUGAUUUUUCUAGUCGGAAAAUGAGUGACAAUUGAUACAAUAUUUUACCCAACACUAAUUUCAUAUCUGUUUUAAUGUGUGUGGUGUUUUCUUUUACUAACCUUAGACUUCAUUUUCAAGUAACUUAUAUUUGUUUUUUUUUCUUGUGAUCCAUCCACAUACUUUAGUCUAUGGCAUCCUUAGUCAGUUAACUAAACGUUUAUGUGUAUUCUAGGCUUAAUGAGGGUCCAUCUGCCCUUUCAGGCACCGAACUAAAUGUUAAGCUGAUAUCCAUUUAUACAGAUUUGCAUGUUAGGAUGAUCAUUAACUUCUUGUUAUGUGUGGUGAUAAUUUAUUAGAUUUGACCUUAUUCUCAAUGAUCAAUUAUCAUAAACUUGUUUUUAUCUUGUAAAAAUGGUACAUGAGAUAAUACUCAUUGAAGUUAUGAUUGCUUGUGUAUGGUUUAUAAUAGUGGUUUCUUUAAAUUAUGAUUUUAUAUUUAUAUUUGCAAUCCCUAUUUAUUUCAGUAAUGUAUAAUCAUAAUAUUGAAUUCAUGUUAUUGAAAUUAUGUUUAUAUAUAGAUUAUGUUAUAUAAUACCUACAAGUUUUCUGAUUUUCAACUGAACGAAUAUAUACACCCUGAAAUUUACUAGAUGCUAGAAAACAACUUUACAUAAUCAACUCAAGCAAUACAACCCGUCAGAAUAGCACACUUGUGCAAUACUUUCUAUUUAUUUCAUUUAAUUGGCUUUGUUUUAACUUAAUCAUUACAUAUUUCUAUAUUACAAUAUGAAGUCUACAGUGCAAUUUAGUCCAAAUAUUUAGACGUAAACCACGGAUUUGAAGCUAUUUUUUAAAAUUGGUCAAAUCUGCAUUUUCCGAAAACAUAAAA